AUGUGCUCCUAUGAGAGUUCCUUCCAACCCGCCCAGUUCCUACUGCUGGUGGGGGUUCCAGUGGCAAGUGCUGUCCUUCUGGCCCAGUGCCUUCAAUGGCGCUGUCCUCGCCGGCUGCUGGGCACCUGCUGGAAGCUGGAGAGCCAAGAGGAGCCAGCGUCCCAUCCCACUCCCCUACCUGAAAGUGAGUCCUCCAGGGAGGGCCCUCCAGCCUCGCUGCAGGAGAUGGCUGCCUUCUACCAGGAACUGCACACGCCCACCCAAGGCCAGACCGUCAUCCGACAGCUGAUGCACAAGCUGUUGGUGUUUUCGGCUCGAGAGGUGGACCACCGUGGUGGCUGCCUGAUGCUCCAGGAUACGGGCAUUUCCCUGCUCAUCCCGCCAGGUGCUGUGUCUGUGGGCCGCCAGGAGCGGGUGGCACUGAUCCUGGUGUGGGAUCUGUCAGACUCCCCGUCGCUGUCCCGAGCCCAGGGGCUGGUGAGCCCCGUGGUGGCGUGUGGCCCCCAUGGGGCCUCCUUCCUGAAGCCCUGCACCCUCACCUUCAAGCACUGUGCCCAGCAGCCCAGCCAAGCCCGUACCUACAGCAGCAACACGACCCUGCUGGACGCCAAGGCCUGGAAGCCGCUGGGGCGGCCGGGAGACCACAUCUCCCGGGAUGAAUGUCGCAUCCACCUCUCCCACUUCAGCCUCUACACCUGUGUGCUGGAGGCAGCUGUGCACAGGGAAGCCCGGAAGUGGCUGCAGCUGGCCGUGUUCUGCUCGCCGCUGGCCCCCGGGCAGUCUCACCUGCAGCUGCGCGUCUACUUCCUCAACAACACGCCCUGUGCCCUGCGGUGGGCUGUGACCAAUGAGCAGCCGCACGGCGGGCGCCUGCGUGGGCCCUGCCAGCUCUUCGACUUCACCGGGGCCCGAGGGGACCAGUGUCUGAAACUCAAAUACGUCUCCGAGGGUUGGGAGAACGUGGACGACAGCAGUUGCCAGCUGGUUCCCCAUCUGCACAUCUGGCAUGGAAAGUGCCCCUUCCGCUCCUUCUGCUUCCGGAGAAAAGCAGCCAAUGAGAACGAGGACUGCUCAGCACUGACCAAUGAGAUCAUUGUCACCAUGCACACCUUCCAGGAUGGUUUGGAGACCAAGUACAUGGAAAUCCUCAGAUUCCAGGCAUCGGAGGAGGAAUCCUGGACAGCGCCACCCCCUGUGACCCAGCCACCCCCAUGCAACAGGCUGCCCCCAGAGCUCUUCGAGCGGCUGCAGAUGUUGUUGGAGCCAAACAGCAUCACUGGCAAUGACUGGCGACGACUGGCCUCCCACCUGGGGCUCUGUGGUAUGAAAAUCCGGUUCCUGUCCUGCCAGCGCAGCCCCGCGGCAGCCAUCCUGGAGCUGUUUGAGGAGCAGAACGGCAGCCUGCAGGAGCUGCACUACCUCAUGACCAUCAUGGAGCGGCUGGACUGCGCCUCCGUCAUCCAGAACUACCUGAAGGGGACGGAAAGCGGCAGCCCAGCCCAGGUCUGCUGGGUCGCCCAGGAGAACCAGGGCCUGGAGCUGGAUGAGAAGCUCUGAGAGCCCCGCUAUGGGGCAGGGUGGAGCUCUGUCCACCGGGAUGUGCCCCUACACCUAGGAAGAAAACAGCUGCAGUUCCUGGCUGUGCCCACCGACCUCAUCAGGACCCUUGGACGGUGCCUGGGGCCACCGCGAGUCCCAAUGCCUCCUCGGGUCGGGACCACCCUUUCGGCCCACGUCGUCCUGCGUGCAGAUCCCUUCCUG